CAUAUCAUUUCCAUAUUAUCUAUUCUAUGCCUAUUUUUAAAUACUUGUCUUUGUGCUGCUUCCAAAAGUAUUAAUCUUUGUAAAUACAAGAGGAAGCACAGUGAAACAACAUAAAUUAAUCUGGAAAAUCCAGAUUUUUCCAGACAUGUAAUUCUACAGCAGCGGAACCGAGAUCAACAAUGUCCCAGUGCAGGACUGUUUUCUGUCAAGGGAAACAUGAAUGUUAGAAAAGUGGAAAAAAAAGCCUCACAAAACCCAACCUAAAUAAGUUAUUACAAAAAUAACAAAACAAAGCAACAUGGCAAUCAAUAGUAAGGGAGAAAAAGAAAUAAACUUUAAGGGUAAGACACCAAAUGGUAAAUUAAUUUUUUGGAUGUCAGUCCUCACUGCAGAAAAGGAAUAAUACCCUUAGAAUAGCCUCUAUAGAUUAAAGAAAUGAGAAUAAAGUACUUGAGCCAAAAGAAAGAAAAGACCAUGUUACCAUCCAAGUCAGAAUGGUGCUAUCUACAAAUUCUAGCAGAAUUUUUGUCAUCUAUUCAGCAUAUCACUCUCAAAUAAUAAUAAAAACCUUUAUGACUAGAUCUUGUGUAUGGGUCAAGAGUCAACAUUUACAUAAAAGCAUGCUACAGCAUGAUCCAGACCAGCAAGCUGUAAUUUCAGUAUCAGGUAGAAAGCAGAACCCAUUUACAAAUUCAGCAUAACAAGGGCACAUCAGUACAACUCCCAGACUCAAACAGCUAUUAUCCAUUGCUUCUUUUCCCUUGAUACUACAGAAGUUACUGGAUUUUCACCAACAUUCUAACAAAAUUCUUUGCAACUGACUAUUGAGGAAACAGAUACAACAAGGUAAGAAACAAUUUUAGAUAUAGAUCACAAAUUUCUAGAAUAGAUACAAAUCACAAAAUAUUCAGAAGAGCUAGGUUAGAAUUGGGCAUGUCACUCCUCAGAGUAGGUAAAUGAAAGGUACAGAGGAGCUAUCUAGCUGGAAUUGUGCAGAUGCACCAUGUAAAUAAUGCUGAACAACAAUCCCAGGGCAGGAUAUCCAAAACCACACAAUAUUUAUUUUCUAAAGCAACUUGAGCUCUAAAGACACUAUGUAGCACUAAAAAAAUUGUACAAGUUAGGAUCUCAAGUCUCUUGCUAAUAUGAAAACAGAUGACAUUUUUAUACCCAGACGCAGUAAAAUUCUUAAUAGUCACUAAAUGAGCAGCAAGAUUCAGACUAUGAAACAAGAUGUGCAGUACAAAGAAACAAAGUGUUGCUGAAACAGUCAGGAUGGAAAAAGAAUAAUGCAGAGAACAUGGGAAGUGAGCAGACACAGCCUCACAACUGUGCCAAUGAUCUUCAUGAAGAUCCAUGACAUCUGGAUGUUAAAAUAGUCUGCAGUACGUUUAUGUAAAGUUAAACUCUAAAACACAUCAAAAGAAUUCUACAGCUCCAAAACCAAGAACUCUGAUAGAAAAACAUUAACUGGGUAUUUAAUUUGGCCCUGCUUGACUUUUUGAGCCUAAUGAGUCUUUUAAAACAAACUAAGCUUAUUUAAACACUGCAGUUCAAGAAACUGAUUCAGGGUGAUCUUAUAAAUUCAACAGCAGAACUUUGACCUCCAGAUCUAGAGAUGACCUACCAUGGUUUGGGAAUGCAGUAACAGUCAAUGUUGGGACAUAACUUCUCUGUGUUAGAAAGUAAGACAUUAGAUAAAAGACAGAAGAGGACCAAAAAAUACACUACAACUUGCAAAUUUCCAGACUUCCUCCUCUCAGCAAACCAGAAAAAUAUAUUCUCAUAUACAGCUAUGACUCCUGAAUUGAAUUUAGAAGUACUACAGGGGUGUGUGUUAUGGCAAUUGCCAUUAUCUCUACCCCCUGUGCAUCCAGUGUCCCUCUACAAGUACAUGCCUCUACACCCUUGUGCUCCACUCUGAUUCAAGCUCCUGCCUCUCUGCAUUUCUCUUCCCCCCACAUCAGACCCAGCAGCCUCAACCCUUCACAGUCUAUUCUGUUACCAUCUGGAUCUCCCUCUCCCCUUGUGCUGCCAUUCUCAAUCCUAAGAUUCUUCAUCAUCAGUCUCCUGGUUUAGGACUUCUGCUGUUCCCUGAUACUUCUACCUUCUCAUUACCUUUUCACCCCACUUUUCACUACCCUAAAAGCCAAAAUACCAGUCAAAUUCUUUCUCCCAUCUGUACUGAUAUAGAAACAGGUAUAAGAACAGCACAUUUUCUGUUUAUGCUGGGUGCCUGCACAUGGCUCCUUUUGCCCACUCUUCCCUAUCUACCCUUUGAGGAUGAAGUCAUCUGUUCACACCAUCUUAACUAGCAUCUGCACAGCAAUGGCUUAUAAGCAUGUCUAUCCAUCCACCUACUCCUGAUUGCCUCCAUAUGGUACUGCUUCUUUUCCUGAUUUUGUCUCCAGAAAACUUAAGCUUAAUAUAUGUUCACAACUCAGCUCCUUAUCACUCCUCUCAAACACUUUUUGCAGAUAAAACUUCUGCCAAUAUCUCCUCCUAUCAAAUAGGUAGUCUUUUGUGACCCCUUUGCUUGCAUUUGAACCAUAUAUUCAUGAUAUACCCAAAAUUCUGUUGCAAUCUUCCUUCGUGUGUACAUUUUUUUCUAACAGAACAGCUCAUCCAAUACCUCCAUCUUUGUUCAGGCACACACUGAAGAAUUAGAAAGGGAGAUGGAGAUUCAUCUGUUUAAAUUUAGACAGGCUUCCUUACUUAUCCUUAGUCAUACUGAAAGUGAAGCAAGUAAAUCUCUUUAAUAUAUUAGUAUUUAUGCUUUCAUUUCAGCAAUCCUCUUUAUCACAUCACCUUUAAGAGCUAUGCUGGUAUCACUGGUUUCAAGCUCUUGGGAGGCAGAUGAUACAGAGACAGCUCAAUCAGCUGCUACUCACAUAGCCAGCUGGUACCUAGUGAUCUCUGUUCAAAGUUUCUGCAAUUUUUAUUUACAUGGUUUCUGAAUGCAAAAGAGUAUGGAACAGGAAGCAUGCUGAUGGAUAUGAAGCCAUUUUAAAAAAGAAAUAAAGCAUGCUGUUACCUAAAGAUAAAUAAUAUAUUGGAUGUCUGGCUGAAGGAAAAAGAAAAGAAAAGAAAUAAGGACAUCUGAGCUACACAACUGCAUUCUGUAUUUGCUUCAACAACCUAAAAACAGAGGACUCCAUCAAAAUUUGACCCAAACUACCAUCUUAACAGAGUUACUUAUGUAAGAACUCUACUUUAGCAUUUAGUACUUUCUCACACCUUACUAAAAACCUUAAAAAUCUUUUAAAUUAUGGUGAAAAAAAGCCCACACUCAUUUGAGAUUACAAAGUACCUAUAGGACAUUUUAUACUCAGAUAUUUUUAAACUAUUUGUUUCAGCAAACCAAUUUUGAAAAAUAUUAUUUUGGGGUUUAUACUGAAAUUAUUUCCAAGGUUUAUUUAGCACCAAUACUAAUUAGAACAGGUAUUGUGCUACAUUUCUCAUUACACAGUUGUGAGCAUUGUUUAUACUGAUAGAGCAGAUUCAGAAAUAAGUGACGAAACAAAAAGUGAAAACAAAGACAUCCCUUGCAAAGUAAAGGUCAAGAACAUCAUGCAAGAAAGACAUCCUUACAAAAAUCUGUCAAGUCUCAAGCAAAAUUCAUGUAGAACAUGCAAAAUUUUUUAGAAGUUUACAUUUCAGCAAAAUAAUAACCUCCACAACUGUACAUACAUUGUUCAUAGUGAUAGAUCCUAAAAAUAUUUUUUUCUGAUCAUGGAUCAACCAAAUUAUCACAUCUGAAUAAUUAUUGGGGUCUGAAUAAUCUCAGUGCAUCCUAGCAUAAAUUUUCCUAAUAUACAUGUGCAUAUCAAGUUAUCCUGAAUAUAACUUAUUGCUACAAAACCUAGAUGACCACUUGCAUGUAAACAUGUACGGUGAAAUUCAGCAUGGCUUAAAGAGGCAGUAUUAUUUCAGAAUGUUCUUAAGACAUGAAAAAUCAACCAACCAAAACAAAUAAACAAACAAAAAAUCAAACAAAAAACUCAAACACCUAAAAGGCUCAGAAAUGGAAAGUAGGCAAAUAUAGACUGUUGUAAGCUUUUAAAGUAAUAACUGUUUAAUCCCUUUUUUUUUUUCCCUCAGUGCCAUGUGGUUUCCAGUGUACACAAAGUAAAGAGUGAAAAGGUAAAAAUAAAACAGGCAUACCCUUAAUAUAUUCCAGAAUUCAUAAAUCAUUUGUAAAUUUAGUCCUUUUAUAAAAGAAUCCUUAUAUAAAUUGGGGGGAGGGAGGGCAUCAAUCCCAUAUAUGAAGCACAAUUAAAGCCCAACAUCACUGACCAAUCAAAAUUAGUGAAUGCACUGCAUCUCUCUGCAGUGAGGAGAAGCGACAAGAUGCUUAUUGAUUCUACCGUAGGAAGAGUGGGAGACUGCAGCAGCCUGUAAACCAGAACUAAAGCAAUUGUAUACAUGAGCAGUAUGCUGAAACAAUGGCACAGUACAGGCACAAAUUUUCAUUAAGGUCAUUUUUUGAAGAUAUGCUUAUUACCCUCUUUCCCUUCUACUCUGCUAACAAGUGAACAAAAUGAAUCCCUCCAACCUGGAACUGCUUCACCUGCAUCGAGAAUUUACCAAAUCUUUAGUGGAGGGCAUGCAGCAACUAAUUCAGUUUUACUACUGACAAUAUGAAGAAUGCAGUUGACCGGGUAUCUUUGUAGCUGUAUGACCUACGAGCAGCAGGAUGCAUCCCUAAAAUGUAUUCUUAAGACAUAAAGGAAUUAAAAACAAAACAUGGAACACACUUGCAUUACCAUUUACGUGCAUGACACUUCAACAAUAUACAUGGAAGACUAACACAUCUGCUCAGAUUUUCAUUAAAAGAAGAGCGCAAUGAUUGAUUCUUAAAAUGGUGAGCAUUUCUUAAAGAGGGAUUUAUAAUUUAAAACCAGAGUUGUGGAAACUACUGAUGCAUGAAGAGACAAUGAAACAUGAAAUCCCAAAAGGAGAAUAUGCAUACUUCAUCAGCAAGCUGAAUAAAGGUUUAACCAAGCUUUUUCUAUACUACUCAUUAAAUAACUUACUUGUCAUAAUGACUAAUGGAUAUUUUUCUCUCAAUUUUAUGAUGUUAUGUAUUCUCCUUAAAUCAAAAUAAACCAAAUUAGGUAACCCAUGGUUACUCUCAAAGCACAUGAACUGGAUUUUAUGAUGUAUAGCAACUUCUUUCACUAAGCCAUCACUCAAAAGUAAUGAGCAGGAAUAUUACAGAGAGAAAUACGCAACCAUAAACUAAGGAUGUCUACACACUCUCUGAAAACUGAGAUCAGAAAAUAUUACUCUUUAAACCUGGAAAAUAAAAACAGGCUUCUACAAAAUGCAACAGGGGAAGGAAAUUAACAUCACUUAAAAGAAGGUUUAUUUGUUAUUGCUGGCUUGAAACUCAGAACAGACACAGAGAAUAUGCCCUGGUCUGUAGAAGCAUGUGAGGCAAUUAAGAAGUCCCCAUGUUUAAUCAGAACUUUUUGCUGCUGAACUGCAGGAACAAAAAAAAAGGAAAACAAAAAAACCUGCAAGAAAUGAAAUAAGAGCUCAGCUACCACUUGAUUUCCAGGUUACAGUGCAUGUCAAAAAUCUCUCAGUGACACCAUGUGUCAGUUUCUGCCAAGCUGCUGCCACGCUGUGCCAGGCCCCUGAGACACAGAGAACAGGAGAAAAACCAGCUGCAACAAAAGAAUGUGUUUGUCCCCCAUUCUGGAAGUCAACAUGCAGUCCGAAUCUAACAUUACAGUUCGAGAUGCCAUUGAUGACAUCGAUACCAACAUGUACCAACCACUGUCAUAUCCAUUAAGCUUUCAAGUUUCUCUCACUGGAUUUUUGAUGUUAGAAAUUGUUUUGGGACUUGGCAGCAACCUCACCGUUCUGGUACUUUACUGUAUGAAAUCCAACUUAAUCAAUUCUGUCAGUAACAUAAUUACAAUGAACCUUCAUGUACUUGAUGUAAUAAUUUGUGUGGGAUGUAUUCCUCUAACUAUAGUUAUACUUCUGCUUUCACUGGAGAGUAACACUGCUCUCAUCUGCUGCUUCCAUGAGGCUUGUGUCUCUUUUGCAAGCGUUUCAACUGCAAUCAACGUCUUCGCUAUCACGCUGGACCGAUAUGACAUCUCUGUAAAACCUGCUAAUCGAAUCCUGACCAUGGGAAGGGCUGUGAUAUUAAUGACAUCAAUAUGGAUCAUUUCACUUUUUUCCUUCCUGAUUCCUUUCAUUGAAGUCAACUUCUUCAGUCUUCAAAGUGCAAGUACUUGGGAAAAUAAGACACUUCUGUGCGUGAGUACAAACGAGUACCACACUGAACUAGGAAUGUACUACCACAUUCUCGUUCAGAUCCCAAUAUUUUUCUUCACUGUUAUAGUAAUGCUAAUUACAUACACCAAAAUACUCCAGGCCCUAAAUAUUCGGAUUGGUACAAGAUUUACAACGGGGCAAAAGAAGAAAAACAGAAAGAAAAAAACUAUUUCUUUGACCACGCAGCACGAGACUACAGAUGUAUCCCACAGCAGUGCAGGAAAAAAUGUCGUCUUUGGUGUAAGGACUUCUGUGUCCGUCAUAAUCGCUCUACGCCGAGCCGUAAAACGGCACCGGGAGCGACGAGAACGGCAAAAGAGAGUCUUCAGAAUGUCUCUUCUGAUCAUCUCAACGUUCCUUCUCUGCUGGACACCCAUCUCUGUUUUAAACACCACUAUUUUAUGUUUGGGCCCAAGUGACCUUUUGGUAAAGUUGAGAUUAUGUUUUCUAGUAAUGGCAUAUGGAACAACUAUAUUUCACCCUCUACUUUACGCAUUCACGAGGCAAAAGUUUCAGAAAGUUCUGAAAAGUAAGAUGAAAAAGCGAGUUGUUUCAAUAGUGGAAGCAGAUCCCAUGCCAAAUAAUGCUGUAAUACACAACUCAUGGAUAGAGCCUAAAAGGAACAAAAAGAUUACCUUUGAAGACAGCGAAGUAAGACAAAAAUGUUUAGUACCUCAGGUUGUCACUGACUAGAUUUCAGUAUUCACCAAAACACAUCAAACGGAAUAUUUGAACAAAUUGUAAAAAAAAAAAUACUGCCAAAUAAGAAAAACUUUUUUAACUAUUGGCAAGACUGUAUAUUUUCAAUAUAUAUGUUAAAUAGAGUAGGUCUUGUAUAUUCAAUUUCUUCAUUAUGUAAGAUAUAUGUUGCAUGGCUGUUUGUUAGCGUAACACCAUGUGUAUAUUUGUCAAAAAUAUUCAAGCCCUCUUUUUUUAGAAAAUAAAUAGCCUUAAAGAAGUGCAAACUUUUAAAAAUAUUUGUAUGGCUCAGUUUCUCUGUAAAUAUAAUAGAAUUUUUAAGGAAAAAUUGCACUUGGGAAUACUUUUCUAUAGCACAAAUUCACUAUUUUGUACGUUUUUAAAUUUAAUUCAUAAACAGUAUCGAUCAGAGUAUUCUGAAUAUUAUGCAGCUACAACCUGGAUGCGUUUUGACCUCAUAUUUAGAUAUCCCACUUAUUUCAAUCUUCUCCAGCAUGCGACUGCCAUGCACAGAAAAAGCCAUUUACAUUAUGUCCUUCAGUGAAUGGUUCAGAAACUUCUGAUAUGGGGAAAAAAAUUCAUGCUGGUCCAAAAACUGACAGUACUCUCAAGAAAAGUAAAAAGUUUUGCAUAUACAAUCUCAGAUCCACAAUUUCUACAUGGAAAAUACACAACUUUGAAUAAUUACAAAGGAUGAGGCAGCGGUAAAAGGCUAAAUGAAGGAAAAAAGCAUGGAUGAGAAAAUGUUUUGGCUGAUGCUAAAAGCCAACCAACCAAGUGAAUCCUGUGCAAAGGCUUAGAUUUUUCACGCUGACCUCUAGUGUGGCACAAGGACCUUUCAUACAGGAAUUUUUCAUGCAUACCAUCUAUCUACAUAGAUAUGAUUGUCAAAUGCCACAGCUAGAGUAGAAGGUAAUUUUCCUGCCCUUGAUAACUCUAUUAUUUUCCACUGUGUUCAGCUCUAGCCAUUCAAUUGCUUUGUCACAAACCAAUCACCAAUACUGCCAGCUACGGUAUUCCUGCAUUUCCUGGGCAGCCAUGGCAUAUCUUUGUUCUACAUUGCCUUCCUCAAUUUCAUCUUAAACCUGCAUUGAAGUACCAAGAAGCCUUAUGAAGUUAUCAUCAUCCAUAGCACUGUAAGCAAGAAUUAAGAUAUUUAUCCAAACAUAAGUUUGUCAAGUUGUUUGCACCAUGUCAUGCUUAAAAAUGUCUUAAUUUCAAUGAAACAGUGGUGGGGAGGGGGAAACAAAACAAAAAGCUGCAAAAUCAAUGAGCAUGACUUCACUUCUCUUGUUACAUAAACUGAUCAGUGUGUCACCAGCUACCAGUAUAUUUAAAAUGCUAAUUCUCAAUAACUAUUAUCUUAUAUAAAAAAGCAGAUCAUACCCUUGAAUACGAGAGCUAGCUUGACUAAAACAUUACAUAAAAAAUUAGGAUUUCUAAAGCACUUUUCUGAAGUUGUGUAUAAAAAAGGCGCAGUUUUAAGGGAACAAAAAGCUCUUUUCCACCACAUAGCUAAAUUAUUAAUCAUAUCUGUAUUGCCAAAACUGUUUUUGUGCUUAAAAAAAUACUUGUAAUGUACUUAGUUUUCUUGAUCUCAUGCCUUAGCUUACCAGAACUGAGGACUCAAAAUUUAAUACCACAGCUCCAUAUUCCACAAACAAUAGCCACUUAUAAUCAUGUAAAUUCUACCUAGAAACAUUAUUAUCUGAUUGAUGUGAAAUGAUAUGAACUUACUGUGUAACAUAUAUUCAAACAUACUUUCAUAUUUUCACUGGCUUUUUUUGUGGAAACUGGCCCAAAAAUACCUGCAUUCAACUGUACCCAUUUAAAGCACUUUUUUAUCAAAGUUAUCUCUGAUUUCCUACAAGAAUUGAAAUCCUACAUCUUAUUUGAGAGGCUGCAGGAAGGAAGUAAAUGCAAUAAAUGCAAUAAGCUCUUCUUUUUUUUUCUUUUUUUUUUUUUAAUCCCAUAUCCUCCACAUUUACCACUUUAAAAAUUCUUUUGGGAAUAAUUUCUGAAAAGAAAUGCACCCAAAAUAUUUAAGCAGAAACUAUUCUUUUUUUUUCUUUUUUUUUACCCCUUCUUCAUUUCUCUUUCCAGCUAACCUCUGUAUUUUGAACACUAGAAGCAAGAGAAGCUGGGACAUGUAGGGUUAAUAUCAUAACAUGAUUUCAGUGAUUACUAAUCUUCCAAUAAAGCAUUCUUAAAUAAAAGAUACUACUCAUUCAUUUAAAAAGAAGGAAAGGAGAAAUGAUAAUGAACAGAUUAAUAAGUCUACAUCAUGUCCUUAUCUGAAAAAAGCAUUUAGAAAAGCUUUCAGACUUGAAAGGUUUCCUGACAAUAUAACCUUACUUCUUAAAAUUAAAUAAAACCUCAAGAAUUACACAUUUAGUGUUAAAAGCUCAUUCAUUUCAAAAUCAGAUGCAAUGAAGCAGCACUUCAUAGCAGAGAAAGAGCAGCCUAGGAAUUGCCCAAAGAGAUUAAGCCCGGUUUUAAAGGCUGUGUCGAUCACACUCAUUGAUUGCCUCUAUGAAUAUAAGCAGGGUCAUUUUUACCAUUCUUUAUCUUCAUUAAAUUUUUAAAAAGGGGACUUAUACUACAUUGGAGUACACUUUGAGGGCUGCAGAAGAAAAUUCUACAUACAGCAGGAAGGAAUACAAGUAAGAAUAUGUGCCAUCCUACAUACACCCAGAAGCCACCAUAAAAAAGAACCAUACAUUAUCUGUACCACAUGACAAACUUAACACGAGACAAAACCAAAAGUAAAUUGUGAAGACACACUACAUAUCCUAGAGACACAAGAGGAUUUCAGGAGUGAUAUGAUGGUGUAGGUGCUUGACAGAUAGACUAAAACAGAAUGCAAAGAGGCAGCAUUGCUGAAGAAAAAAGGGCAAAUUUAUGCCAUAGUAUUGUACAAUAAGAAGCCCACUACAUUCUUUAAAAUUAUCUCACCACAGUGAAUCAUUAGUUCAAUUACAUUUCACACCACUCAGCCUAAGGCAAGCAGAAUUGUACAGGACUCCAAAAAUAUUAAUUCCAGCAAACACAUCUCAGAAACACAAACAAGCACUGCCAAUUUCCACACUAUCUCUGUCUCUAAAGUAUUAGCCGGUAUCUGACUACGUUGUUUUUUAACUGCAAAUGCAUUUCCAUUCAAUUUUACAUUGUAAAAUGAGGUUAUCCCACACUAAAAAUACCAAAAUAAGCAGAGUGCAAUGCCAGUAUCUAUUAGGAUAUUCAAGAAGCAUACCUUCACACACUAGUACAUUACAAACCUGUAAAACAGAAAUGUAAAUACAUCACAAACAUCUAGUUUCUAGUAGGCAACAGUUUUUAUGGAUUACAAGGCAUGUAAUCCACACAUGGUCGGAAGUUCUGUUUACUUUAUUGGUGCCAAGGGAAUAGCAGUCACUUCUGUACUUUCUAAAUAUAUUAGAUUAAAAAUGUAUGCAGUUGGAUACACAUCAGAUCUAUUCACCUCUCUCCCUUCAUUGUUACAUAAAUACACACAUGUAUGUCAUGCAUAAUUAUUAUUUAUUUGUACACACCAAAAGAUGGGUUUAACAUCAGCAUCUAUUCUUAAUUUAUACGAAGUAGAUUUGGUAAGAGUAUCACUGAACUGGACUGACAGGCACUAUGUUCCACCACACAUUAACUUAAACAUCCUACCUUCCCCACCCUUGUUGGAUUUUUUUCAAUUUAAAUUAAAUAAUACAUUGAAAGGCUACAGAAUUUACCCAGACAGAAGAACAAAAUUUCUGUUGUGUUAACCAUUAAAUAUACUAUAUUGCAGUACUUCUUUUUAAAGCAAUGUAUGUGCUAAUCAUGAAACUUCUUUGAUAGUUGAAUAUUCUAGAUUUAUGUUUGUUUCCUACAAAAAAAGUUUUAGUUGCCAAUUGCCAUCAAACUCUUUUCAAAGGAGAGAAUACAGCAUUCUUUAGCAAAGUUUCAAUGCAGCAUUAAAAAAUCCAGAAUAUGCUAAAUUACUCUUCUGUUACACUUAUUCAGAUAAAAUACCUCCAACAUACAGCUAAGAACAAUCAGUUUCUGUCUUAAAAUUUUCCAGCCUUAUAAGAGCCGAAUUCCACUCCUACUUCACACAUUCUGCCAUUAUAUCACUGAAUGUAUUUGUCUUACACCAAGAGGAAAGAAGAAUCUGACUCUAUAAUUACCAUCUCCUUUUUCUACUUCAUAGAACACUUGUGCAAUUCAAGAAGUAAAAUGAAAUCCAGGGUUUGGGUUUUGUUUUGGCGGGGGAAGGUUUAAAAAAAAAAAAAGGAAAAAAAACCACAUGUUAACAGGAAAAUCAGAAGCACUCAGAGCCAGUAAGUGUUAAAGAAGAAGAGUACAGGUCCAGUGGAAAAGUGUAGAAGGCAGAAGGAAGCACUCUAAGGCAGCUACGGCCAUCAGGACCACAGGAAGGCAGAGGGCAACAUGCACUUGCCGUGGGAAAACUGCUAAACUUAUUCUUUAGGUUGUAACAGCCAAAAAAUAAGAACUUGUCUUUGAAUCAUAAGAGUAUUAUAUGUGCUUGUGCCAAAAUUGCUGGGAGGAGAGGGGGGAGAAAAAUGAAUAGCAACUCCAGAAAAAGCUUUUGAUUUAACAAAAUAUACACAGAAGAAUUGACAAACCAAAAGCAUGCAUGAUUCUAUUACCUCUUUUCCUACAAAGUACACACAGAAUACAAGCACUACAAGAAAAACCUGAAAGGUUAAGCAUGUGCUUCCAGUGAUACAUUUUAAAACACGAUAUUGAAUUUUCCUUUAGUCAGUCAGAUAACUUCAGUUCAUCUGGAUGCUUAGAGUGUGUUUCACUACCACAGUAUGUUUUUAACUACUGCUUCUUUAUCACUAUUUAAUUAUUUUUGUAGAGUAAUAAAUUGAAGGAGAUAUAUCAUUAGGCAUUUUUAUAGUCUUGGCUAAAAUUAUACUCCAGUGAUUAUUAUAAAUUGAAACAGAAUGGAAGAAAUAUCUUCUUGUGUAUUUACUUUAUAGAUUUCUGUAUCAUCUUGUUUUCCUAUUUUACAAAGAAAUUAUCAUACAAUGAAAAGAAAUCUACUUGAAAUGAAAAAACAGGAGAUUUACAGUGAAAGUUUUGUGAUAGAUGCACAACCUGAAGUUAUUAAAACAAUUCCUUUUUGUAGUUUGAAUGAAUUGUAUCUUUUGCAUAUAAGCAUUUCUAUAUCCACAUUCUGACUCCUGACACUGCAGCCAGGCAAGCAGGCAGGCAGGCUGAGAGCAAAAAGCUGUUGGCACACAGCACACUCUCAUUUCCUUUCCAAGAUGGGUUUUUGGAAAUAUAGUUUGGGUUUCUGUAACCCUGAUACGAUCUCUAACUUCCUACUAUAUAUUGUAACAGUUUAACCUGAUACCCCAUCUAAUAAACAAAUCAAUGUCACUGCUGAAACAACACUGCUGUAAAAUCUGUCACUCUGGCUAUGUCAGACUGCUAUUAACAUAGCUGUAUUAGCACAGUUUUACUUUUAAUUGUACCAGAAACUCUCACAAUCUGUUGUGAGAUUUUACUUCAAAUUAAAUUCAAUUUCAACUCAAUUAGUAGGGGGAGAAAAAAGCACAGUAACUUAUUGCUACUCUGCACCACAGUUUUCUUCCAAAUUUUCUUUCAAGAUAGUUUUCAUAAAUCCCUGUCACAAAUAGAGAGAAUAAGGGAUAAGGAGGAAAAAAGGACAUCUUCCCACAUUAGUACAUUAUCACAAAUAUCAGUGAUAAUUUGUGUACUAGGCUGCAUUUACAAUGGGAUGAAAACAUGGUUAAGGCAAAAAAAAAGAAAGAGGAAGGAACACUAUUUGCCAUGUAUGCAUCAUCACAAAACAAAAGGUGAGUGUGAGCACUGCUGUCGUAAAACACCUUAAUAAUAUUGAGGAAGAUUAUUACUCCUGCUAAGAGCUGCAACAGCUAAUAAACGAGACCUAUCAAUGAAUAAGAACAAACAAAACAAAAGACGUGAAAAUGUUGAGGAGAAGCUCGAUAUGACCCAGAAAUGUGCACCUGAAGCCCAGAAAGUCAACUGUAUCCUCAGCCCCAUCAGCAUCAAAGGAAUCUGGCCAGCAGGAAGAGGCAGGCGACUCUCCCUCUACUCUUCUCUCAUGAGACCCCACCUGCACUGCUGUGUCUGGGGCCACAACCCAUCAAACAUGCUGACCUUUUGGAAUGAGCCCAAAGGGCCAUGGAGACAUCAGAGGGCUGGAGCAACCCUCCAAUGAAGACAGCUGAGAGUUGGAGUUGCUCAGCCUGGAGAAGAGAAAGCUCUCAGGAGACCUCAGAGCACCUUCCAGUAUCAGUAGGACCUACAAGAAGACUUUUUUAAAAGAGCAUGUCAUGACAGGAUAAAGGGGAAUGGCUUCAAACUGAAACAGGACAAGUGUAGAUUAGCUAUUGGGAAUUAAUUCUUUACUGUGAGGAUGGUGAGGCACAGUACAGGCUGCCUAGAGAAGCUCUGGAAGCUCCGUCCCUGAAAUUAUUCAAGGCCAGGUUGGAUAGGGCUUUGAGCAACCUGGUCUAGUGGAAAAUGUCUAAGCUCACAGCAGGAGAGUGGAAGCUAAAUCCUUCUGUGAUUCUAUGAAGAGAAUCUGUGGGCAAAGAUUGUAUUAUGAACAUAUAACCUUCUACAGUCAAAAUUAUUAAAAUGGAGGUAUAUAGCUCAUCUGCACUUGCAUCAAACAGCGAUGAAGUACAGAAAAGUGCACAUGAAGACAAGUUAAAGAUACCUUAAAAAAGAUUAUCAUAUUCAGAAGCUUCUUAUGAAUCUUGCCUCAGUUUUACAGCAGUAAGAAGUGAAGAUUCCAGAGCAGUUCAAAUAAACUAGAAUAAAAGUGGGAAACUUUUGAUUCAGUCACUGAUUUUUUUCUUGUGUCACAAAUUUUUUCCAGUCAAAAGUUUCUGCAACUCUAGUUUGCUAAUCAGAUCUGCUAAAACUGGGCAAGGGGGUAAUCUUUGAAAUUGUAGACAACCUGGCAGAGAAACAGUAUGUUCUCAAAAUAAUAGGAAGUUCCUUCUUUUAAUGAGCUUAGGUUUCCACAUUUUUCCUUGAGAUUAUAUGAUAAAAGGCAUGAGACCCUGCUGGUUUUCAGCUGAAGAAGGUCUAACUUUAAGACAACAAAGACAGCAAUUAGACUUAACGCCUGUAAAUAACUGAAGGUAGGACCUGAAAGGUAAACACGUAAGACAACUGGACUAUUUUAUGUUUCAAACAAUAACUGAGCAGAGUUGAUAAAAUGCUUAAACAAGAUUUGAAAAUUAUGUGUAUGAGUUGGGUGACAAAGAGAAAAAAAAUACUCCUGUAAAAACAGACUAUUUUAUAGCUGUUUCCUAUGAAGAAUGAAAUCUUACUCUACACUUCUCAUUACUUUGUGUUACACACAGUAACACCUUCACUGAUCUUUUAGGCAAGACAAUAGUAACAAUAGUUACAGGGAUAACUAGUAACAAUAGUUACGGGGAUGCUGGCUCCCAUCCAGGGCCUGAACAAAGAUUGUUCUUCAGUCCUCUUUUCAUAGCUAUUUGGUUAGACUUUUUUAACCAGAACUGGCUACACUUUAAUUAGAAAUGAACAGAAUAAAACUGGUUAUCAUGUUUAAGAUUUUAACAACCAGUAUUUACUUGAAGAACUACAACAAAAAUUGUGUAUAUAAUCCAAUUUUUCAAUUAUUUGAUACUUCUGAAUUUGCCAGGCCUCAUUUUCCAGUCCUUAGCUCUUGCCACUUCUUUCCCUGCUAAUCCAAGAGCCCUUCUGCAGUCCUUUAUUUUCUCCCCAUGAAUGCAUCUCUACAGUCUUAAUCUUCAAGAAAAAGGGCCCACUUAAUCACCCACUGUUACAUGUACAAUUGCAUUUAUUCACAGGUAACCACAAAACUGUUUUUAUCUGUAGAGCACAAUUCCCUACACCGUUUGCACAAGUACAGAUUUGUUUGACAUAGCUGUAUGAAUGCAAGAACAGAAACAACAUUGCUAAAGCAAUCCCAGCAAGGACAUGGUCCAAUUCCAAAGCUUGACAGUUUAGUUACCCCUGUUUCUCUCUUCCAGCUCCCCUCGUAACAAAAUCAUCUACUAAGAAUGUAGAGCAACUGUGAGGUGAGUAUAAUAUGGCUUAUUUAAAUACCUGCUUUGGGGAAAAAUAACUUAAAGGGAGGCUUAAGUCAUUUAAAUUUAUGCACAUAAAUCUAUAAUGCAUCUACACAAUUUCUUUAAUCAAUUCAGUAAGCAAAACAAAAAAACUUGUUUGACAACACAUAUUUUCCAUAAAAAGGUAACUGACUAUCAGUAAUUCAGCUUUACAGUACUGAAUUCUUCUUUCAAAUGAAUUCAACUUGCCUACUAUUUUUUUAGAGUAGCUUUGUAUCUACUUGACAUUGAUAUCAAUAGAAAUACCAACUCCUUCUAAAUGCUGGAACAACACAAGUUGGACUUUCUCCUUCCUUAUUCAGAAGGAAUUACAAACUAAUGUCUCUGGGAACUUAGCAUUUUUGUGUAACAUCCUUGUUAGUUGUUGGUAUCCCUACUCUAUGGAAGAACAAAUUACCCUGUCUUCAAACAGAAAACAAGAGCAACUACUGAAAAAUCCUUGUAUUCUCCAGCUUUAUGAACAAUCUGGAAACUAGUAUAUUAAUAAGUUUAUUCCAUUAUAGGUGUCUUUCUGGUUCCAGUCAGUCAGGGAUUUUUCUUUUUUUUUGCAACAUUUUAGAUUUUUCAUACCUAUAAUCUAUAUUUGCAAUGCAUUCAGUGGUAUUUAUAAAUUGUUUUCCAAUUGCAGUUGUUGUCUUUGCUUUGUCACUACAUUAGAACAGGCGUUCAGCCAGGAGUGCCCUCUUUCUUGAUUGCCAAAAAGCCAGUAUUUUACAACCUAAUAUUGUCUUCUCAGCAAGCUUUCAGCUUUCAAGUUUGGCUAAAUGCAUGUGCCCCACCUACUAAACAGAAGAUCCUCUGCAAUGGAAAAUCAAUUCUUUCCAAAAUGAAACACUGAGCACUGGGUCUAUUCUCAGUUUGCUCAAUGCAUCGCAACUUGCCACUCUGGCAACAAAUGUCUUCCAAAUAAGUUUGUUUAUUAAAAAAGAACACAAAAUAACAUUUCCUGUGUUAGAAAUGGGUGACUGUAAAGCACUGGCUGCAGAGCACAAAUAGUCCAGCUUCCCAACGCUGUUCUUCCACACAUUUCGGAAAUAUGCAACGAUUCGGUUUUUCUGGUUUAAUUCAGUGGGCUGUGAAAGUAACAUCUUUUGGGUUUUGUUAGCUGACUUCCAGAUCUAUAUGCAUUUACAGUUACUUCUACUGAAACUUCUCUUUCUAUGAUCCUCAAUGGAAUUUUAUGAAAAUUAUUUGCGACCACCAUUAUUUGAUCUUCUAGUAAUCAUUCUAAUCCAAUGCUCACUUCUUUCCUUGGUCACCACAAGUCACCUGUCCAUUUUAUCCAUUUCUAUUCUUUCUCACUCUACUGCAGAAUCUGUUUGCUCAAAAAGAAAUAAAAACCACUCUGUUUUGUCAGGUAUACAAUAUUGAAGUGCUAUUUCUGAAUGAGCCAUGCUCCUCUUCUGUUCAACCACUGGGUUACACACUAAUAAAUGCUUCAGUCCCAGCAGAAAGAAAAACAUCAAUAUUAGAAACUGCUUCUCAGUGUUAUUUCCUUGACCACUAAACAACUGAUUCCACCAUCAGCCACAGAAAAACAAAACUCAGCUACCCUCAGCCAGCGUCUAUACAGAAAAUAUGUGUGACAUUUCUCUACACUUUUCCAUGGACAAGUGAUCAUCUAUUGAACUCAAACCACCAAUGUGAUCACCUUAGAAACCAGUACUCUAGCUCUGGGAGAACUAACCUGCAGUUUAUUGAAUCUCCAAGUAUAUAAAUGCUCAGAAAGAGGGAACAGAGAAAGUUACAAAUGCCCAUUCCCACCAGAGCUUCGCACAGUGCCUAUGCAUAUUUAGCCAGAAACAUAAAACUGCAAUUUUCUUGCAGAACUUCCACCCAGAGCAGAACAGACAACUGGAUCCGUACUGUUUCAGAUGUAUCAUUCCAGCUGCAAAUGGAACUACAGAACUAAAUUUUUUCAUUCUAGUCAUUUGUGUCACCAAUUUAAGAGCCCUAGCUCUUCGUUGUUUACUUGAACUUUAAUGCCUGUUGAAAUAGAGUAGGAAUAUACCACGAAUUUAGAGAUGACAUCACUCUGUGUUGUUGAUAUCCCUGCAUUCAUUUACUCUUUGGAAUUAUGUCAUUCAACUUGCCUUUCUCUUCAUGACCAUAUACACACAGCUUCUGCUUUGUUUAUGUAAUAUGUAAGAGAUAAUGCAAAUUAUUUUCAAAGUCUUGCCAUCUAGUCAUACUCUCUACAAUGAAUUUAUAAUUUACAAGUUGCAAAAAAGAUAAUCUCUCAGAGACUCUCCACUAAUCUCUGUGUCCCUUCCGUUCUCUCAGUCAAAAGUACUUCUUUAAAUCUUUUUUUUCAUCUUUGGUCUGGUCAUUUGUUUUUUUUUUUUUAAACUAAUACAGCAUUUUUAAAGUCAGUGCACAAAAAUUACUACAUUCAAAGGCAGACAGAGCUUGCUAGUUUUUGUAUGUCACCUGGAAACAGAAACCCAGAGCUUUUCUUUCUACUUUUAAUUAUGUCGUUCUACUGAAUAAGUAUGACUAUCCAGCAACAAUACUUUGUCUCAAAUCUCAAAAGAUGCCCUAGGAUCUGUACUAAUUACACAAUCAUAACUGCUUCAAAGCAAUUAAAAACAAAAAUAAUCCUCUGAAUUAGUAUUUCCCCUGUAUUUGGCUGAACACAAACAUUCAUAAGUACAAGCCUAUUUGUGUGGCUGGUUCUCUCAUAUCCUUUCAUAUCUCCACUCUUAUGACACACCUUAGCUAACAAAUACAAAAAUACUUACUGUUCAAACACUGGAAAAGAUCAAUAGAUAAAGCAAAAACAAGGUCCAAACCUUGCUGCAAUGCCAUCCUUCUGGAGGGGAACAAAUAUGCCUUAACAGCAAAACAGGAACAGGUUUGGUAUAACUCCUUACUGCUCUAUAGGGAUAUUUUGAGAGUAGAAGGAGAAUUUUAUAAUUAGAGAAACAGGAUAUAAGUACAGUUUUCAGAUUUUAGAGUUACACAUUUAAAUUCACUGAUUUCAAAAGAAACAAACAAAAAUUGGGAAAAAAGAGAACUGAGACCUGGCCCUUAUAUUUAAACCUAUUAUUGAAAAAAGAUAGGAUGGUGUAAUUGCCAAGAUAAUCUUCCACAAUUCCCCUUCUCAUCACUCCUUCUAUUCUUUCUUUCCAAUCAGUUCUUCUUUCAAAAUUCCCAAAUUCCUUUAUUUCAGCAUUAGGUGACACUACAAACCCCAGAUACAUCUUCUAGAUCACAAAACCCCAGACCAUCUGAUGUAUUACCAAAGCAAAUGGAAAACACUGCAGUCACAGUAAUUUUAAGAAAUAAGAAGUACUGGCUUAAUCUCAAACACUGAAUUGAAUGUGCUACCAAUGCAAACACUAUUUGUGCCUUAUGUGCCUGUCCACAGACAGUUUAAAUGCAUAACAAUUCAUCAACUGCAUGAUGGGUGCAGUUAUUCUGCUGUCCUGACAAUAAUUCAUCUCCAAGCAGAAAACACUUUGUGGCAGUCCAUCACGUUUCCCCUCCCAUUCCUUACUUAUUUUCCACUAUCAUUUCUUUCCCACUGGAAUUCUCUGACCUGUUAGAAGUGAAUAAACCAAGAGCUGUCAGGCCCUAGAUUUUACUCUGUACCUGCUGAAGCCUAGCUUAAUGUAAUACUGGCCUACAACCAAAACUUCUAUACAUUAGAUCAUACAAUAAAAGUCAUAACUGAUCUUAAUAAUGAAAUAACAGAAAUCAGAUUUAGGGAACAGAUGACAGGGAGCUGGAAAGAGUAAAGCUUUUCAGAAAUGUAAGGAACAAAAGGUGUGGACAUCUGUAACUGAAAAAGAAAAAAGCAUAACACAGAAUAUAGUCUUUGAUGGGCCUGAAAUAUGGAUAAAAACUUUUAGAAAUACUCCAUAUGCUACAGCAAAAGCAACUUGAACACACCUAAAUAAUUUCUGACAGCCUUACUACUGGGCCAUCAGUAACAUAUCAUAUAGGAACAGGCUAACAUCAUGAUAGAAAGUGGAAUACUAAACCCAUUUUAAAACAUCUGACACACAGCCCCCCAACAAGGCCUAUGUGCUUGAGACUGAAAUUACCAAAAAUUACCAAAUACUUAAUAGUAUGGCAAAAUCAAAUUUUUUGAGUAGUUCAGCUAGAAGGGUAAUCUCAUCAAUACCAGAAAUCAACUUAAUGCUUACAUGAAAAAAUAGUGUCACUUAAUACAGCAUACUUGAAACUUGUUUACAGUUGUUUAAUGGAAACUAGGCAUGAAGAAAUCCCAGAAUUACAAACAUACUUGGAUUCUUUUUCUUGAACUGUAUGCAUAAAGAAAAUUAAAUUCAAAACCCUGGUAAUUUAAAGGAUAUGUUGAAAAACAAAAUUGCACCAGGAUUUUUUUGUUGCAUCAAUUCAAACUUAAGUCUUUUCUCUCAUGUGCCUGUAAUUGUUUAGUGAGUUCUACUGAAAUGGUUCAAAGAAGAAUGCAUGCCAGAGAUUAGGUAAAACACGUGAAAUAUUUACAUAAAAUGCUUUGUCUAACAUCAGGUUUCCAAGCUCGGAAUCCUGGUCGCAGCAAAACACAAUUUGAUGGUAAAAUCUGUAUGCUCUGUCUGCCUUGCUCAAAGAAGAUAAAGAGGUCUUACACCACUGGCCUCUUAAUAAUGAAAAAUUGUAUUAAGUUUUGAAAAUCAUUCUAUUACAUGCACAUUAAUUUGGUAUCUUACAGUCAAUGUUUCAAAUUAAUGAACUUGUUACAUACUACCAAGAAUGUACUUUAUUUCAAAAGCCAACAAGAAAAAAAUUAACCUUCUGACCAGAAAGAGUUUUUUUUGGCAUGGAAUACUACAAAUAAAAAUUUGCACAUCAAAUUUUUGCAUUAUCUUCCAUCUUAUGGUAACAGAAUCUCACAAAAACAUAAAGCAAAAUAAAAACCAACUCAACUGAAAGGAACAACAUGAAAUUGAAGAACAUGGAGAUUACAUUCAGCUAUACAAAGGCACAAUAUUUUUUAGUCCAGACCACUUCAGUCAAGGUCUGGCAGUGUUACUGUUAGCACCACCGGGGACAGAAGAAAAAUAUUUUAGCAGGAUAUUUGCACUUCCUAUGGAUGCAGAUGCACCACCUGCAGCAGUGGCACUAAUGCAGAUGGCUCUGAGCCAGUAAUACAAUUCGGUCAUUCUCAGCAAGACUAAUUACCCCAGGCAGAGAGUCAUGCAAUCCAAGCCAUGUAAUUUCUAUUAAUCAAAUCAGUACACUUACCCCUACAGAACUAUGCAUUGUGCUACACAGACAUAUGCUAUAUUAUUUUGGGGGACAUUAGGUAUUGCACAAGGCAGCAAAUUGUAAGUCAUCUAAAUCCCUAAGCAAAAGUACCAUGAAAGCAACACUUCCCUCAAGUUCGAUGAGUGUUGAUUCUUAUGAGAAACUGUGUACAGCAGUAUUAGCAUCACCAAAUCUGUCUGCUCUGUGUACUAGCAGUGAAAGACUUCACUGACAUGACAGUAGCCAAGUCCAUCCUCACUUUAACAGCAGUCAACACAAGAUCUGGCUUGGCAAUCAUACACUGCAAAUUAUUGCUUGGAACAGAAUUAAAAGAAAGAAGUUCAUCACUGAACAGGAUACAGGAAGAAGGCGGCAGUGAAAGAGAACUGCCACAGUAUCCAUGGCAGGUGUUCAGACAGUUUAUCAUUGCAAGUUUAGUAAUACUUGUGUACAGACACAUCACACAUUUUGAAUGUUACUGCAAAAACUGUAGCAGAUAAAAUGAAACAGCUUCUAGACAACAAUAUUUAACCUGAGGAACAAAUAUUGCAGUCAGCCAGUCUGCAAUCACUUCAGAAUAAGUCACUGUGCAUUAGCUAGACUACUUAUACUAUUUUAAUGCUCAGUUAAUAAGGUGCACCAUGGAAACCACAGGUAAAGGUAUUUCCACCUUGCAAUAAAAAGGGCUAACUAGUAUAAAAUAAACUAGUUUAACACCACUAAAACAACAAAUUAAAACUGUUGUUUCCUGAAUGCUAACUAGUAGGCCUUAGUAUUCUGAUAAACAAAUAAAAAUAUUCAUCACUCAUCCCAAAUACUAAAAAACUAAAAGAGAAAUAAAGUAACAUCUUUCUUAAAAACAGCUGAACAGCUUGCCUUCUUUCCCAGCAAAGGGGGAAAAAAAUUAGACACAGGACACUUCAUUCACAUAGUCAGUAUUACCCUCCUUUUUCUGCUCACUGCAUUCUCCUAGACCAGACUGCCAUAAUAGCUUUUGAGGGUCAGUGUUUGCAGCACUCAAGUAACACAAUGAACCAUGUGAAGUUUAUGUGAAUGUCAGUCAAAACCAGAAGAGAAGUAAUGGUGUCAGAGGGUUGAGAUGAAGGUCUUUGAGGAAAUUUAUCUAUCUCAUCUAAAGGAAUGAUAAGAAGAGGCUGAAGUGAUGGCAGGAAAUUUCCUGUCACACCGUCCUAAUAAUACUCCAGGUGGUAUCUGGGAACAAUGCCCAACAAACCAACUUGUGAAGAACACUUUAUAUGAAGCAUUCCAAUAGGAAAAAAAAAAAAAAA